CAGCAGAGCCAAGGGAGGGAAAUUCCUCAAAGGAAGUGAAUGUGGUUUCUAUUUUUAGAAACUCGUCGUCUUUGGUGCAGGCGACGAUGGCGGCGCCACGACUUGGAGCCACAACGCCUGUAAUAGCGUCAACUUCCCUCCCUGGACCACGAACGUCCGGGUAUAAAAGGCCAUCAAACUGCCGCCACGUACCGGCUAACCUUUCCAUCCUCAAGUCACUCAACAAGGAGAACUGAAGCAAUCAAGAUCACCCGAGACAACCUAUACCACUCAAGGACCAACCCUUAACCAGCCCACGGCAUUCGGCAGAACAACCCAUAUCUACUUUCCGACUCCAGCCAAGUCAAGAUGUACACUCCUCCGACCAUUCCGUACUACGCGCCUGAGUCCGAUCUUCCUGCCCCGCUGCCAACGUGGGAGGAGAUCUACGCACAGACCCAGACGACGUAUAUUAAGCGGCUGCCGUGCGGCCAGCAGUGGGAGCUUAUGUACCGCCCUGGCGAGUGGGUGGAUUCGGUCAAAUCCACCUUCAUACAAGUUGGCGAGCAUUACACUGUCAGCAUUUCGAGGGUGCCAAUCGCGGAUGAGAGGGAUUAUUGGGACCGUGAGUUGAUUCCGAGGCCGUACCAACAGGACAUAUUUACUGGAGCGGAGAACAUGAUGUUCCUGCGGCAGAUGAUGGGGUCUAAGGUCCGAAUUCCGAAGGUCUACGCCAUGUACAAGCACACGAUCGAAUUCGAGCAAGAAACCUGUCGCCUCAACAUUGUCGUGAGAGAGUUCAUCCCCGGCAAGCCCGCUAAAGACUUCUUCACCCGCGCCGCCGCCUUCAAGGCCAUCUUGUUCGAUGGGCCGUCGGCGAACCAGCUGAAGAGGGACAAGGCGCUCAUUGGGCAGCGCGUCUUCCUCGGCCAGCUGGCUGCAGCCGAGGGGCGGUCACAGAUGCGGGAGCUCGAGGCCAGGCUUGCCGAUGCCAAUGCCGCCACCGAGCGGCGGGAACAGGAGUGGGCCAGGAGGAGGCAGCUGUACAAGGAGCUGACUGAGCCCCAGCUCACGGCCUUUGGGUCCCUGGAUGUGGCCGAGGUCGCCACCUGGGACGCCUGGCCGCCGUGCAUCAAGACCUACACCAGGGGCGGGGUCGUCUGCCCGAUCCUCACCAUCGACGACCUUAUCGAGUGCUGGGCCGUUUGGUCCGCGGACCCCGUCGUUCGCGAGAGGAACAAGCAGCAGCUGCGCGAGAAGCUCAAGGGCGAGUCCAUGGCUUUCAUCCACCCGGCCGGCGUCGAGAGCUACGGCCUCCUCGCCGGCGAGGGCGAGAUCCUGUCCCAGGACGGCUCGGUGGUCACUGUCAACUUUUGCGACCUGGCCUGGGGACCCGCCUCUUUCAGCGAUGUCUUCAGCGACGCGGAACAGGUCGCCAGGACCGCCCGGGUCAUGCGAGACGCACGGGCGGCCCUGGGAGCCAACCCAGAUAUCAAGCCGAACUUUGACCAUCGCCUCUACAAGAAUGUCAACUGGUCGCGCGUCCUGACUUUUCCCGCACUUAGGGCCAAGAAGACGAGCAAGAAGCCCUAAAUGACGAGUUUCUUGUAUUCCAAGGAGAACGUCGAGUGGGCGGGCUCACGCGCAAUAUAUUUUCCCACGCUCAGGGGGUGACCGCAUGCCCUAGACGACAAUUUAGUGUAUUCGUCAAGAGAGAGACUUCAAUACAAAACGCUAUUCCUGA